AUGAUGAAGCUUUGUCCUUGUUUCAUCAAUCCACAACAGCUUGGACCAAAUUCUCCUAGAGAUUCAUUUGAUGAAGGUCUUACAGCUUAUAGAGGCCAUAGCCGUAAACUUUUUGCUCUCUUCACAUUUCGCUCACGCCGCAAAGGAAGCUCCAGGCAGAAGUACAUAACGGACGAGAUAAAGAAGUAUGGGAACGUGAAGAACGGUGGACGAAUCUUCAAGUUCAAGGAACUAAUAGCUGCAACAGACAAUUUCAGCAUGGAUUGUAUGAUUGGUGAAGGAGGUUUCGGAAGAGUCUACAAAGGCUUCCUCACCAGCCUAAACCAGGCGGAGCCAUUGUUGAGAGAUAGGAGGAUGUUUACGAGGAUUGUGGAUCCGAAUCUAGAAGGGAAUUAUCCAGUGAAAGGGUUGCAUCAAGCUCUAGCGAUUGCUGCAAUGUGUUUGCAAGAAGAAGCAGAGACUAGGCCAUUGAUGGGAGAUGUUGUCACAGCACUUGAGUUCUUGGCUAAGCCUAUAGAGGUUACUGAUAGUACUGAUACAACCACAACUACUCCUGCUUUUGCUACUCAGAUAUCAUCAUCAUCAUCUGAAAUAUAA